AUGUCUGGAAGAGGAAAGACCGGCGGUAAAGCUCGCUCCAAGGCCAGAUCUCGCUCUUCCCGGGCUGGUCUGAAGUUCCCGGUGGGCCGUGUUCACAGGCUCCUGAGAAAGGGCAACUAUGCUGAGCGUGUGGGUGCCGGAGCCCCGGUCUAUCUGGCUGCUGUGCUCGAGUAUCUGACAGCUGAAAUCCUCAAGCUGGCCGGUAACGCGGCCCGGGACAACAAGAAGACCCGCAUCAUCCCCAGACACCUGCAGCUGGCCGUCCGCAACAACGAGGAGCUCAACAAGCUGCUGGGAGGGGUGACCAUCGCUCAGGGCGGGGUGCUGCCUAAUAUCCAGGCCGUGCUGCUGCCCAAGAAAACCAGCGCCGCUGCAGGCUCGAAGACCAAGUGA